AUGAGGGAAGACUCCAGCUGGCUCGCUGCCGCUACGAAGAGCAUACUACAAGAUCUAGAUACGUCUAAGAAAGAACUCGAACUUGUUAGAGACGUGUUGGACAAUUAUGAGACUAAUUCAACAACAUCGGAGGCGUCUGGUAGUAGGUUCGAAGAUCGGACGUUCUGUAUGAGGGCUUGCCAGGAAUAUUCCGGUUCGAGGGUUCAUAUGCUCGAAGAACGGAUAAGGCAGAUCCACGUAUGGUCCAGUGAUAGAAAAAUGGGCAAAGAAAUACCCGAUGGGGUGCCAGAUGAGUGGUCCACGGUUGACAUCGAAUGGCGACAAUGGUUGAGCGAGCAAACUUCUUUACAAACCAGCACCCCCAAUAAUCGGCAAAUCGACCCUUUCCAGGCCGGAGGAGUCGAUAUGGCAGUGAGAUCCUGGGGACCGCUAAUCCCUCUACUCGAGAUUUACACUAGGUGA